AUCUACGAUUUUUGGAUAAUAUGAAUUUACAACCAUUGGAUAAUAAUAACAUAAAUAGUAUAAAUCCACAAUCAUCGGAUAAUAAUAUAAAUCGACAAUUUUUUGUUGAAUCUCCACAACAUACUCACAUAAAUCUACGAUGGUUGACCGAUAUUAUAAAUCCACUAUCACUGGAUAAUAAUAUAAAUACACCAUUAUUAGAUAAUAAUCAAAUAUCAUAUCCAUUGUCUUAUACGGAUGCAUCGAUUUAUAAUAUAGAUCUGAAUCAGUUGUG